GUUAGGGGUGAACCUCACUAGCGCGCUAGAAUCUAGUCAUGGCGACUUCAGCCUCUGCUUCGAGCUCGUCACCUCGUUCCAGCUUAGGUUCGAGUCUUUCGUGGUCUGUUUCCCGCUCCCGCUACCGUUCAAUAUCGCCAUCAUCGGCUUGUUCUUCUACAACAUGUCAUCGGAAAAAAGGCAAUUUUGGUGAAAUCAUUCAUGUUGAACUUGCUAUAGAUCGAGCGGUUGAUCUUCCAAUAGGAGAUGCAUACGUUGAAUUCAAGGCAAGAGCGGAUGCUGAGAAACCACAGCUGUACAUGGAUGGUGGAGAUGCUAAAAAAUCUGAUAAUGUUGGUGCUGACAUUGAGAAAGAUGACAAUCACCUCUGCCUAGGACUGGUGGAUCAACCAGACGCAGGCCAAUAUCCCCUUCUAGAGGCCACCCACAAGGCGGUUUCAGUCACCUCCAAGGGGGGGUUCCCCUCCAGGGAUCCGUGGCAGUCCUGCUCGAAGACGUUCUCCUCUAAGGUCGCCUCCAAGGCGGCUACGCAGUCCAAGAAGAAGAUCUCCAAUCUGCAGAAGGGAAGAGGUUCAGCUGGAAGACGUAGAGGGUCAUCUUCCUACUCUAGUUCUCCAAGCCCCCAUAAGGCUCCUAGGAAGUUAUCAAAGAGCCACAGUCCAGAAGAGGUAAGACUCUUCUAGUAUCACUAUACUUCUCACGAUUUUAUAUGGUCAAGCUAUUUUACUGUUGGAACACAUGUGGCACUAAGAAGAAGCUCCCGGUUUAGUUAAGUGUAGGAACAUUGAGUUUAACCCAUUCAUCUGCUAUGCUUCUCUGCUAAAACUUAAAAGCAUUCGGUGAAACCCAUUCUUUAUGCAAUUGGUGUUUGCUUGGUCCUUAGCUAAAUUGAUAUCACAACCUUUUUUCAGUGCCUAAUAUUGAAACGCAUUAUAAAAAAUUGUGUUGUCA